AGGGUCAACCAACACACAAGUCAUAAAAAGUUAAAGUCAAAAUGAGAGAAAUCGUCCACUUACAAGCUGGCCAGUGCGGCAAUCAGAUUGGUGCCAAGUUUUGGGAAGUUAUCUCAGAUGAACAUGGUAUUGACCCAACUGGAACUUACCACGGUGACUCCGAUCUUCAGUUGGAGAGAAUCAACGUUUACUUCAACGAAGCUACAGGUGGCAAAUAUGUGCCAAGAGCCAUCCUUAUCGAUUUGGAACCCGGAACCAUGGACUCAGUCCGAUCCGGUCCAUUCGGUCAAAUCUUCAGACCCGAUAACUUUGUUUUCGGACAGUCUGGAGCUGGAAACAACUGGGCCAAAGGUCACUACACCGAGGGUGCUGAAUUAGUCGACUCAGUUCUCGAUGUUGUCCGAAAGGAAUCAGAAAGCUGUGAUUGUCUCCAGGGAUUCCAGCUUACACACUCCCUUGGUGGUGGAACUGGUUCUGGUAUGGGAACUCUCCUCAUCUCCAAAAUCCGAGAAGAAUACCCAGACAGAAUCAUGAACACCUUCUCUGUUGUACCUUCACCAAAAGUAUCUGAUACUGUUGUCGAACCUUACAACGCCACCCUCUCAGUUCAUCAACUGGUUGAAAAUACAGAUGAGACCUACUGUAUUGAUAACGAAGCUUUGUAUGAUAUCUGCUUCAGAACCUUGAAGCUCACCACACCAACAUACGGUGAUCUCAACCAUCUGGUAUCCGCCACCAUGUCCGGAGUCACCACCUGCCUCCGAUUCCCAGGUCAACUGAAUGCUGAUUUGAGAAAAUUGGCUGUCAACAUGGUUCCUUUCCCACGUCUCCAUUUCUUCAUGCCCGGAUUCGCCCCUCUUACCUCAAGAGGCUCCCAACAAUACAGAGCCUUGACUGUUCCAGAACUUACCCAACAGAUGUUCGAUGCUAAGAACAUGAUGGCUGCCUGCGAUCCAAGACACGGCCGUUACCUCACAGUUGCUGCCAUGUUCAGAGGUCGUAUGUCCAUGAAAGAGGUCGAUGAACAGAUGUUGAACGUCCAGAACAAGAACAGCAGCUACUUCGUUGAAUGGAUCCCCAACAACGUUAAGACUGCAGUCUGUGACAUUCCACCACGAGGUCUUAAAAUGUCAGCUACCUUCAUUGGAAACAGCACUGCCAUCCAAGAAUUAUUCAAGCGAGUCUCUGAACAAUUCACUGCUAUGUUCAGGCGAAAGGCUUUCCUCCAUUGGUAUACUGGUGAAGGUAUGGAUGAGAUGGAAUUUACCGAAGCUGAAUCCAACAUGAACGAUUUGGUAUCCGAGUACCAACAGUACCAGGAUGCUACAGCUGAGGAGGAGGGUGAAUUCGACGAAGAAGAAGAAGAACAAGAACAGAUGUAAACUUGAACUUGAAGAAACGUCCUUGACCCUAAUUCAUAAAAUUUGUUCUGUCUUUUGUUUGUCCCUAUUUGUGUUUGUAUUGUCGUUCUUGACUGAGAACAAAUUUCAAAUUGCAGUUACGUGACUAUAAAGCUACGCAUCUCAGCUACAACAACCAAAGAACAAUCAUGAUCGAUUCCAUCUUAAUUUAUCUUUCAUCUUCCAUUUUUGUUACCUUAUAUAUGUUUGUUUUGUCCGAAUAAAAUAAAUUAAACGUUUAACAAAUAAAAGCUCAGAACAAGUG